GAGAUGGAGGCUGUUCGGCGGCUUGCUCAAAACACACGGAGGAUGGACUCGGCCCGCAGUGGAGGUAUCUGUAGGCAUUUCUUAAAUGGAUCUUGCAGAUUUGGUUCAAGGUGUAUUUAUAGACAUGAAUGGCCAGAUAUCCUGCCUUCGCAAAUAUGUCGGUACUAUCAGAAAGGUGGAUGUUGGUAUGGUGACCACUGCAGAUAUAUCCAUAUAAGUCAACCUGAGGUUGAUGCAGCUAUUGCAGGCAGAAGAGGGUCGGUGCCGACCGUUUCCUCCUCCGCUGUGGCUUACACUCCACCUGACAGAAGAGGGUCGGAGCCUGCUCUUCUGCACGCAGAGGUGACGUCCAGGCAGGAAUGCAGCAGGUCACGGCUGGUGGUUAAUGUCUUAAACCCUCAACACAACGUUGGACACUCUGCAGCAGAUAUAGUUGAGGAACCGUCACAAGAUACUGACACUCCUCUCACUGCCUCCUGGGAAUCGUUCCAGAGCUCAGAGGUUGCCCAAGCAGGUGCAUGUGAUGGAAGAAAUGAGCAGGAGACGUCGUCCAAUGAGACGACAGAGAAUGGCGCAGCUGCUGCGGCCUCCAGUACCCUGGGGAAUAUUGAGGAAACGGAGGCCUUCCUCCAGAGUAAAAAUGUGACCUGUGGCAUCUGCAUGGACAAGGUGUAUGAAAAGACAGAUCCAAAAAAACAUGUUUUUGGAAUCUUGCCAAACUGCAGUCACUCCUUCUGUUUACAAUGCAUCAUGACCUGGAGGAAAACAAAAGACCUCGGGCCGGAUGUGGUAAAGAGCUGCCCUCAGUGCAGAGUGAGGUCUGCCUUUUAUGUGCCUAACAAACACUGGGUCGAAGGACCAGCCAAGGAACGCCUGAUUGCUGCCUUUAAAGAGAAAUUCAGUAAGAAAAGAUGCAGGUACUACAUGCGAUUCAGAUGCUGCCCCUUCAAAACGGAGUGUCUUUAUCGGCAUGACAAACCUGAGCGUCGUGGGUCAUUUCCGUAUUCUACAGAAGAUGAAGAAGAGUAUGAUGGUGUAGAUCUGGUCAAUCUUUUCAUAGCCAUGGCCCUUCUUGGUUAUGAAGACGACGACGACGACGACGAUGGUUAUGAUGAGUCGGGCUUUCCUUUUUACCUGUCUACGGAGUAUGGUUUCUGAGCUUUUUGCUGCUUUUGGUCAGUGCCUGAAACCACUGAAUGGGGGUCCUAAUUGUAAAAGUGGCCCCUUGAAGAACACGUGGUUGUGUUGCGACUCUUCUGUCAGUAUUGAAACUUCCUCUUGAGUCGCCAUGAAUCAAGAUCAAGAAGGAUGUCCACCGUGCACCAUGGAGCACCCAGUUUGUUGUUGUUGCUUUUUUAAUUACAGACUACAGCAGGUGAUUUUACUGAUGAGCUCUCCUUCAACCAGAGGAACUAACCUGUGAAAUCACCUGCUGCUGUUUGGAUAUGAGGACGUGUACGCUUGGCUCUCUGUGGUACAUGGUCUGUUGGCCUUUUUUGAUGUAAGCAUCCCAGAUGUGAUGCAUCUUUGAUCUCUGUCUUACUGAUGUCGUGAUUGCCUAUUUUGGAUUUCUUUCACUUCUGUGGCCAAAGUGCUUCAAACAUGUUGCAGAUUGUUAAUUUACUCUUUAUCUCUGACUAAGUAGGAGUGUUCAGUUCUGACUUCUCUCCUAGCAAUUUGUACCAUUUUGAUAUUUUAAAGAUUUGUGUGGAUGGUAGUUUUAAUUGUCUAUAGAUAAAAAGUAUGCUGUACCUCUUUUUGCUAAUGUCCACUACUGAUGAUACUUGCCUCAAGUGAUAGAAACCAUUUUCCUAGUUUUUGCAAGAACAUGAAAUGUUAAGAUUUUAUUCCUUUUUUAAGCAAGUUGUACUUGUACACAGAAAAUAAAACAUAGCUUCACACUUUGUCUCACUGAAAA